AUGUUAAGCAGCCUUUCCUCCAUCUCAGCCGUCCAACACACCCAUACAAAAGCUUUCUUCGAGGCCCUUUCAAAAGUCUUCUCGCCUGACAAUAUCCUCAGUCGAGGUCAGCAGUUCUCCACCCUUGCCAAGAACAGCUUCCCCUUCCUGAGUCGCCUGAUGAAUUGCCAGAACUUCUUGGAGGCCUAUAGUCCUUCUACAUGGUCUCACCAAACUCCUCCCACACCCGGGUUUUUUGCUCAGCAAACACCCGAGCUGCUGCCUUCUAGGCCGUCUGCUAUGGGAGGAAAAAAGUCUAAGCAACCAGAGCCGCCCGCAUUCCUCGACAAACCAUGGAGAGAAAUAAACUGGGAUGAGAAACAGAGCGAUCUGCAGUAUGUGAAGAACUACAAACCUCACAUUAAAGAUCGGCAACUCAGGAUUCUUCUUCAUGGACCGGUUGGAGCUGGAAAGUCCAGUUUCAUCAACUCUGUUAAAAGUGUCUUAAAAGGCAGGAUGUGCAGAGUGGCCUUGGUGGAUAACACCUCUCAUGACUCUUUCACCAAAAAGUACACAACCUACAAGAUCGAAAAGGAAAACCCAAGCACUUUUUACCCUUUUGUCUUCAAUGACAUCAUGGGCCUGGACCCAAGCAAAGGUGUCCUUGUGGACGACAUCAAACUGGCUUUGAAGGGACAUGUGAAGGACAAUUACGUGUUCAAUCCUGAACAUAAGUUAUCAGAUGGUGACCAAUACUACAACCCAGAAGUAAAUCCCAAUGAUAAAGUUCAUGUCCUGGCUUGUGUCGUUCCUGCCGACACAUCAAGUCAAAUAGAAGAUGAAGUUAUAAGGAAGGUUCUGGAAAUCAGGAAAGUAGCCAGAGAACUAGGUUUUCCUCAAGUGGCCAUUAUCACCAGAAUUGAUAAGGCCUGUCCUGAGAUCUCACAAGAUUUAAAGAACGUCUACAAGUCCACCUACCUGAAGGAGAAGAUGGAGCAGUUCAGUGCAGAGGUGGGUAUCCCAAUGAACUGCAUCUUCCCCGUGAAAAACUACUCUGAAGAAAUCGACUUGAAUGAUGACGUUGACUCACUGGUCCUGAGCCCACUGAGACACAUCAUCGACUUCGGAGAAGACUUCAUGAACCACAAAAUGAAUCAGUUUGAAGGUUAUGCUUGA